AUGCCGCGCCGGAAGCAUCCCCCUGCCGGCCGGGGCGCCGCCGCGCUCGCCGCACCAGCAGCUGCCCCGGAAGCACCGCUUGAUGACACCCCGUCGCGCAGAGCACCGCCACGCUCGCCUUCGCCGGCGGCAAGGUCGAGCGCACGAGUCUCGAACCCCCCUUCAUCGCCCCAAAAGGUCUCCAAGAGAGGAACGCGCGGGGCCGCAGCGGCAGCGGCAGCAGCAGCAGCGGCGGCGGCGGCCACACCGAUCUCGGCCGCCCCAUCCGCAGCGGCAUCGACUUUUGCGCCGCGUCAAGCAUCGCCUUCGUUGUCGGACAUUUCCACGUCAGGCUCCGAAGAUGAGGGUGGCGGAGGCCGGCCCUUCCCUUCGUCGGAACGAAUGAGGUCCGGAAGUCCGGUCGGGGCUGCGGCCGACGACGAAGAUGAAGAGGGCGGGAAGCAAAACAAAGAAGAACCCGAGGCCGUCUGCCAGUGGAACGGUUGCGGCGAGACGUUCAACAGUCUCCAGCCAUUCAUCGACCACCUUCACCAGACGCACAUUGGCAUCCACAAAUCCAAGUACAUGUGCGAGUGGGACGGCUGCAUUCGCAAAGGCAAGCCGCAGACAUCGAGAUUUGCGCUGCUCAGCCAUCUACGAAGUCACACUGGAGAGAAGCCCUUCACCUGCCCGAGACCAGAGUGCGACAAGUCCUUCACUCGAUCCGACGCGCUGUCCAAGCACAUGCGUGUGCAACACAAUAUCGUCACGCCGGGUUCCAGGAGGGCUGCCACAUCGACAGUCGCCCAAGGAGACGAUGAUGACGCCAGUAUGCUGCUCGGCGAAGCUGGAGAUGCAAGCACGGCCGGAGCGGCUGCCGCAGGCAAAGGCGCCGACUCGCUGGGCGACGAGCUGCUCGAGCUGGCGGGCGACGAGCAAGAUGCGACCGGAGGAGUCAAGCUCGGGACCGAGGGCGGACUCGAGACCAUGACGGCCGAGGAGCUCGGCAUCCAGGAUCGACUUGGCGUCGACUCGGACGAGGACGAUGCGAAAUUGGCCGACUCGGUGCUACAGAGCGCCAGGCGGGAGUGGGCCAAGGAGUCGCGAGAGCGAGAGAGGGUCAGGAGGCUGCGAGAGGCUCAAAGGGAGAAGGAGCUGGCACAGCAAGGCCUCGACGUCGGUGGCACCGGCGGCGCCAGCGGCGCCGAUGCCGCAGCUCUGGAGGGCAGCAACGGCACAAAGCGGCCGGGCCGCACCAACGACUACGACUCGGACAGCGACAGCGAGGCGGAAGCAACCAAGACGGAGGACCUGUCGACGACGCACGCAUCGGCCUCGAAGCGACAGCGUCUCGGGCGAUCAUCGCUGUCGGCGACGCCGGGGGCGAGCAAGGAUCAGAACGGGACCUCGGAGGCGGACAAGGAGCGAGAGAAGGAGGAGGCGGCCCGGCGGUCGGCGAGGAACCGCUACCUCGUCGAAAAGGCCAAGGUCCGGUUCCUGCGCGACGAGAACAAGAGGAUGUGGGACGAGCUCGACGCGCUGCGGGCGACCGAGAAGGACCUCAAGCGACAGAGCCGCAUGGCGCUCGAAAAGGCCUUGGUGUUCGAGCUAGGACCCGACGUCGAUGCCAUCUUUUCGCCAGUCUCCUCGCCCGGACUGGAGCCGAUGCACGGCGGAGGGGCGUACCCGCCGCCGUACGACCUCGACGAAUCCAUGGCGGCCUGA